AUGAAGUUUCCUUUACUUCCACUGUAUAUUGAUCAAUUCACCCCGGGUGAUGGGUCUAAUACCAUUUACCUUCUAUCUCAUUUCCACACCGAUCACAUGAAGGGGCUUUCAAAUUUCUGGUGUGCUGGUAAAAUAAUUUGUGAUCAAGUAACACGAGCAUUACUUAUUCAUAAGUAUGGAGUAAGUAUGGAGCAACGAGUGGUAUCACCGCCCUUGUUUGUGGCAACAAAUUUAUUUGAAAAAGUAAAAACAAUAACGGAAAUACCUUUUUGUAAUAAAGAUACAAAGAAGGAUGAAGUGGAAUUAGAUGCAGCGGUACAAAACAAAAAUAAAGAUAAUAAUGAUGAUGAUAAUAACAAAUCUCUUUCAAAUGUUGCAGAUACUGUAACUUUGUAUAUGUUACCUGCUUUUCAUAUUCCUGGGAGUGUCAUGUUCUUCUUAGAGACACCAUUUGGAAAUGUUCUUUACACUGGUGAUUUUAAAUACAAUGAUCGAGCCAGGCAAGUUUUAGAACCUUUCUUUGCACAACAUCGUGUAGAUCAUGUUUACCUUGAUGAUACGUGGUUACAUUUGGGAGUUCAGGAAACAUGUUCCUUAACGCAUGGUAACACCGGUACACGAGUGUUGAGUAAGAUGCUUUCAGAGAGAGAGUUAGAUGAGGCCAUUGAGGCACUGGGACGACGAAUGGAUCAACGUGUGCGUGACUUUUCCUUAGAGAAGAAAGAGAUAACGAAUACUCCAAAAGGAGGACCGUACGUAUUACGAGUGUAUCUACACAAUCAAUUUGGGAAAGAACACCUUGUACAACGACUUGCUAAACGACUUGGGAUUAUUGCAUUUGUGGAAAAGGUGCGUUACGAGCAAUUACAAUUACUCACUUCUUUUGAUACCACCAUUGCAGCGGUGGAUAAAAUGUUUUGUGUUCAUAUGGAUCACUUUGCGCCAUAUACACAUAGUGACUACAACACGACAUUUCCCCGAAUUGAAGUUGUCUCUUCACUCAAACAUAUCACUGCUGAGGAACUGCAGACGGCGGCCACGUUAAAUGACAAUACUCCUCAUUACGGUGUGGUGAUGUCCGGAUGGGCACGUCUUCGAUCCCGCAACACCCACGAUGAGCCGUGUGUGUGGGAAAUACCAACAACUCUGCACUCCACACCGCAGGAAAUUAUGGACUUUAUGGCCUUUUUGCGGCCCCUGUCAGUAACGCCGCUGCACUACAAACCCUGCCGUGGGAUGAUCGUGAUGGAACGUCUUGGGCCGUACUUGAGGCGGCCGUACGUGAAUCAGUUCUUGAGUAUAUCGGAUAAUGUGCAGGAUAAUGGGAGAGAAUGGCAUGAUUCCUCACCGCAGCAAAGGAACAAUAACAAUAAUAUAGGGGUACAGAAACAAUUGUCGUAUAAAGUGAAAAGAAGUGGUUUUUGUAUACGUUUACCAACGACAGAGAGUUCAUCUUUUCAUGUGGGUGAGAUGACUUCUUCAAACUCCAUUUCACCACCAAGGCAAGAGCGGGAGAAGCGGAAAAGAGAAACUGACACAUGUUAUACAUCAGAAGAAGAACAAAAAGAAGAGGUUCUAGAUAAAUCUUAUCUCUCUUCUGGAACGUUGCUAUCACAACUAGCCGAUCUUCUUGACCUUUGA